AUGCAGUUUCCACUUACUGGUGCGACCGCGCUCCUAGCUACUUCCGGAGUCCUAGCUGGAAUAAAGGAUGAAGUUACUGGACCAACUGUUCGUAUCCAAAACGGAACGAUUAUUGGCAAAUAUGUCGAGACCCACAACCAAGAUCUUUUCUUAGGAAUCCCUUUCGCGCAGCCCCCAGUCGGAACUCUUCGCUUCAACGCGCCUCAAUCCAUAAAUAGGACCUGGACAGCGCCUCUGAAUGCUACUGCGUACGGUGCCCACUGUAUCAAUUACUUCCUGGAUAUGCCUUUUGGCCCCCCUGACCUCGCCACGAGAUAUCCCCAGAGCGAGGACUGCUUAACGAUCAAUGUUGUCCGGCCAGCAGGAACGAAAUCCCAUGAACGUCUUCCUGUAUUGGCUUUCAUAUACGGAGGCGGUUUCCAAGAAGGAGGCUCUGGCGACGACAGAUACAAUGUUAGCGCCCUCGUUGAGAAGUCCGUUCAAAUUGGCCGGCCGUCAAUUGUGGUCAGUAUGAACUAUCGCCUUCAAGGAUGGGGCUUUCUGGCUGGGAACGACAUUCGCGGCCAAGGUCUCCUGAAUCUUGGUAUUCAGGACCAGCGACUUGCUCUGCAGUGGAUUCAGGACAACAUUGAUGCAUUUGGAGGAGACCGCCGGAGAGUCACCAUCCAAGGAGAAUCAGCCGGUGCUGCUUCGGUGGGCUUUCACUUAUUAGCCCACGGAGGACGGAACGACGGCCUAUUCAGUGCUGCGAUCUGUCAGAGUGGUGGACCCUACUAUUUUGGCAGCUUUGCGCCAGAUGCCCAGGGGGAGAAGACGUAUAAGAGCGUCCUAAAGGCGACCAACUGUACGAAUGCGCAUGACACACUGCAAUGUUUACGCGCCGCACCUUUCGAAACUUUGAACACGGCCUUCACUGAUCUCACAUUCCUUCCAGUCAUAGACGGAACCCUCGUCACUGAAUAUAGCUCUACUGCUCUUGCGAAGGGUCGGUUUGUGAGGGUCCCUCUGCUCAUCGGUGCCAAUACCGAUGAGGGUAAGGCCUUCGCCGGCAUGGGUGUUAACACGACCGAUGAACUCGGUAGUUACAUCAUGCACUUCCCAUACAUACAUACCACCAACAAUGAAACCAUCCGCGGUCUGCUGGAAGCCUAUCCCGAGCCGGGUACCAACUCGACACAUGGCCAAUCGGAUGAUACCCUUCCCGUGUCUGAACCGUACGGAAACCAAUUCCUGCGCACCGCAAGAUAUAUCGGGGAUGCCAUGUUUAUUGCUGGGCGGCGAUACUCGUGCGAAAUCUGGACUCAACAUGGCCUCCCCUGCUACAGUUACAGGUUUAACACAAUUCCUGGCGCCACCGAUCCGCUGUACUUUGGCGCGACCCAUUACGAGGAGAUUGCAUUCGUCUUUGGUAACAUCUUGGGAAUAGGAAUGCCAUCAAAUGCUUUUGAUGUUCAGCCCAUCGAACGGAGAGAGAACUAUGAGAAUCUAAGUGAUUUGAUGGGCCAGAUGUGGAUGAGUUUUGUUGCGACACAUUCCCCCAAUGACCACAAAGUGAAAUCGUUUCAGGUGGCUUGGCCUGAGUACAGCCUGAAGGACCCCCGGAACAUGGUAUUUGAUGGGAACACGACAAGCUUUGUGGAAAAGGAUAACUGGCGUGCCGACGCAAUACAGUUAAUCAUCGAGAGAUCCUUGGAUUUCAGUCAUUGA